AUGCCAGCUAUAAAAAGAUCAAUAGUGAAAACGGAAACUGUAUCCAAGAAGAUUAAACUAGAAAAUGAGAUAGAAAAAACUAAAAAGGAAGUACAACAUAUAAAAGUAGAGAUUGAGAAACCACCGAAUCAAUUUCAAAAUAUUGAUCCAGAAGACUAUGAAGCCGGUCCAAAGAAUUGGCACAAAAUUUAUAAUGAAGUUGUUGAAAUGAGAUCAAAAGUUAUGACUCCUGUUGAUACUGUUGGGUGUGAAAGGAUGCCAAAUACAAUAACACCACAUUUAAAAUCAAACAAGCCCAAGCUAUAUCGAUUUCAGUUAUUAAUUUCAUUAAUGUUAUCUUCUCAAACCAAAGAUGAAGUGAAUUUUGCAACCAUGACGAAAUUAAAUGAACAUUUAGGAGAAUUAAAUCUUGAAAAUAUGUCAAAAUUAAAUGAAGUGGAAAUCGAUAAAUUAAUAUGUAAAAUUGGUUUCCAUAAUCGUAAAGCAAAAUAUAUCAAAGAGACUUGUCAGAUAUUAUUAAACAAAUUUGAUGGUGAUAUACCUAAAACUAUAGAAGAUUUAAUUUCACUACCUGGUGUUGGACCAAAAAUGGGUUAUUUAAUAUUACAAAAUGGUUGGGAUAUAAAUAAUGGAAUAGGUGUUGAUGUUCAUUUACAUAGAUUAUCAUUAAUGUGGAAAUGGUGUCAGAAUAAACAUCCAGAAAAAGCAAGAUUAGAAUUGGAAAAAUGGUUACCUUCAAAAUAUUGGACUGAUGUUAAUCCAUUAAUGGUUGGCUUUGGUCAAGUUGUAUGUGUUCCUCGAGCUCCAAAUUGUGAUAUUUGUACUUUAGGUAAAAAGGGAUUAUGUGCAUCUAGGAAUAGGAAAUUGGUGAAUCAACCAAUGACUGAAGCAAGAAUUGAAAAAUUACAAAAGCAAAGAGGUGAUUUGACCAAAUUAAUAGAAAAUGUUCUAUAA